AUGGCUCAUGGAAUUUCAAAAGAAGAAUUAGAUGAGCAGUUUGAAGAGUUUCUGAAAGAGUCUCUUUCAGAUGAUUCACUUGGAAAUUCAAAGAAAAAAUCCAGCAUUCUUGAGACACUGGGACAGCCCAGGAAAAAGGAAGCAAAGAAAAAGGAUUCAGUGCCAUGGUGGAUAUCUGAGGAGGAUUCAAAUGACGGUGAUUUUCAAACCAGAUUUGUUAAAAUAAAAGAGAAGAAAGUGAUGGAAAACCAUGCUGAAAUAGUGGAAAAUAGUAACCAAAAGAGUCCCCAUUCAGAUUCCCAGUCUGUAGUUCCCCCUAAACCAUCUUCCAGUGCAUCUCACAGCAAGGCUUUGUCUAAAUUCAAAAUGCUUGAAAAAUUUCAUAAGGACAAGAAAGAUUCAUACUUAAACAAAGAAGAAGGAAGCCUCACUUCUGACAGUCAAGACAAUUCUGAGGGAAUGCUUGGAGCCAGUAGAAGUUUUGUCAAGGUACAGAACACCUCACAGGCACUGGGAGAAAAUGAUGACAAUAUGCAUGUGGAGAAGAUGCUGCUUCAGAAAAGUAAUGAGGGUGAUGUCUCCUUAAGUAGAGACAGUCUGGAGACAAAUGAUUCAGUGUUAGCUUCUGGGCCUAAUCAAAGUGUUGUGGGAGCUGGAUUGGAUACCUUGGAAGAAGAAGAAGAAAAGGAGAUCUUCUUUGCCAAGCUGGAACAAGAAGCUUCCUCUACUAUUGAUUAUGCAAGAUUAAAUGAGGAGCUGGAUGCCAACGAUUCUGCCGUACUAGCACAACUCAUACGAAAUGAAGAAACUGAAAAAGGAGGAGGAGAACCUGCACAUGAAGAAAAAUCUGGCAGCUACAGUGAAGAUUUUGAAGAAGAAACAGAUUCUAAUCCUGCCUCCAAAACUGAGGGAAGUCAGAUGAAUCAAACUGUUGAUUUAAGUCCUCAAGAACAGGAAGAAGCAAAUACUGGCAUGCUGGCUAAAGUUCUAUUACUUGAUUCACAAGAAUCAGCUACAGAACUUCAAAAGGCCAUUGAGACAUCAAAUGUAGUUCUGGGUGAACGUCAUCUGCCUGAAGAAGUGAGUGAAGCUGAAAUAAAUGAAGCAGGCACUUCCUAUGGACAAACCACCAGUGACAUGGAGGCGUUGCACCAAGCCUACCGUCAUAUUGAUCAGUCUUUGGGAGACACUGAUGAGCAGAAACUGCAGGAUUCUGCAGUGGCAGCCUCAGAAUGCUUAGUGCAAGGUGUUUCACAAACCAAUGACAUCUGCUUAAAAAACAUGUCAACUGCUGAAUCAGAUUUGCCUACUGUGGAAGAGUUGAUGAAACCAAUUAAAGGACAUUCAUUUAAUGUCAGAAGUUUUCAUGUGGAGCCUGAAAGUCUUGUGAAACUGGUAGACAGCACAGUAAAUGACCUCAUCAGCCACUCGCCCCUUGAGGAGCACCAGAAUAAUGCAGUUUGGGAGACAAACUCAAUUGAAAAAUUUAAUAGAGAAGAGAGCAACCUUCUACAGAGAGCUGUGAGUGAUGAUAACAUUCAGAGGGCAACUGAGAAAGAAAUUCAGACCAGUGAAGUGCAGCCUGAUGUACUAAGAGAAAAAAUAGUACAAGCCUCUCUGCUUUCACAAGGCAGCAAAGCUAAACAAGGUCUUCAAUCUCAUUCCUUGAAGAAUGAAAGAUCAGGAUCAAUGCCAACUAAACCCAUGUUAAACAGGAAUAUCAGAAGUCCAGCAGCUUUACAUAAAAAGAAACCUUUGUAUGGUCCUCAUGGGGUGAUUAGAAGUUCUGGGUAUGGGAAACCCUCUUCACCCUCAAAACAGUCUUUUCCAGCAAAUGAAAAGAAAACACCAAGGGAAACUUUCAAAAAGACCAUCGUGAAAGCCAAAAGUCCUGCAGAUAGAUCAAAAUCUAAAGAAGCCUUGUUUGCUACUAGGAUAAUAAAAUCUGCAACAAAUGAACCAGCCUCGAAGGGAAGUAUUAACAGAGCUUUGUCUGCCCAAUCAGUUGUUAAUAAUCUUGGACACCAGACUGUGGAUUAUUGCAAGCAAUAUCAGCAUGAUUUAUCUUUUUCUCCUACCAAAAGCUGCGACAGAGAAUUGUAUUUGCUCAAACGAUUGCAAGUCGCAGAGGAGGACCUGAACACAGCUAAUGAUUUGAUUCAACAGCUAACCAGCAGGGUUUCACAGAAGGAGAAAGAGCUGGAGACCAAGAUAGUAGAGUUGAAAACAGAGCAUGGAAAAGAACUUUCUCGGCUGGGUCAGGAAAACUAUGUUCUUCAGAGUAAGUUAAGGAGUAUGGAAGAGCUGACUAAAGAGAAGAGAUGGGCCCAUCAUACAGAAGCAGCUCCUAUCACUGAAGAAAAACUGGCACAAAUACAAAAAGAAGUUGAAGACCAAGAGUUCAUUAUUCAAGGUUAUCAACAGGAAAAUGAGAGGUUAUACAAACAAAUGAAAGAGCUGCAGAGCCAAAACAAAAAAAAUGAGGAACGAAUGUUUAAGGAAAAUCAGUGCUUAAUGUCUGAAUUAAUAGCCAUAAGAGAAAAGAUGGAGAAGACUAACAACAUCCAGUCAUGGAUCAUGCAGGACUCUGAGCCAGCCAGAAAUCGGAGUUUCACAGAAUUGAUUUCAGAGCUUCGAGCAGCACAGAGGGAAGAAGCUAAAUUACAAGAAGAGAUAAGGCGGCUCAAACAAGAGAAGCAAGCUCUUGAGGUAGACUUGGGACAAGCAAAGAAGGAGAGAGAUAUAGCAAAAGUUCAGAUUGCCUCCACGUCAGGUGAGAAGUCUUAUGAGUUUAAAGUUAUGGAAGAAUCAUACAAACAGGAAAUUACUCAUUUGAAAAAGAGACUUCAGUGGUAUGCAGAAAAUCAGGAUCUUCUGGACAGAGAUGCAGCUCGCCUUAAAGAUGCAAAAGAAGAAAUUGAAAAACUAAAACUCGAGGUUGAGAAGCUCAGAGCUGAAGCUGGAGAUCAGUGUGUGCAGCAGAAGAAACGUUUGCGAGACAGAGCAGCAGAUGCCAAAAGAAUUCAGGAUCUGGAGCGACAAAUCAGAGAAAUGGAAGGAAUUCUAAAAAGAAGGUAUCCAAAUUCUUUGCCUGCUCUGAUGUAUGCUGCUGCUGCUGCUGAGAAAACUGAUGAUCCUUCAGCUAAAGCAAACACAGUUGAUUUUUUGGAGAGAAGAAUAAAAAAGUUAGAAACAGAACUUGAAGGUAAAGAUGAUGAAGCUAAAAAAAGUCUCCGUACCAUGGAACAACAAUUUCAAAAGAUAAAGAUACAGUACGAGCAAAGACUUGUAGAGCUUGAGCAACUACUCGCCUACAAAUUUAUGAGUGAAUCACCAAAACUGAAUGGUGAUAAAGCCAGCUCUACAGAACUUGAACAAGAGCUUCAGAAUCUAAAGAAGAGUCAUCAGAUCACCGUUAAGAACCUCCAGACAGAAAUUGAAAACCUUAAAAGUCAAAAUUCCCAAUUAAAACUCAGAAAUAAAAAGGAUAAUAAAGACUUGGAGUCCACAGAAUCUCACGUGAAACAAGGUAACACAAAAGACAAACUGGUAAAGCUAAAUGAAGAGUUGCUCAUCAAAAACAAAGAAAUACAAGAGCUCACCAAAACCGUAGAGAAACUUCAGAAAGAAAGGAUGGUGAUGUUGUCCAGUAAUAAUUUGAGAAAUAAAACCAACAAUAAGGAAAACUCUGCAGAGAUCUUGAAAAGGAAUUCGUCAGCAACAGAUAAAAGGCAUCGCGGCAACAGCGAACCCUUUCGAAGCGUUUCCAAAGGUGACAAAAUAGACCAACCACAAACCUCCUCUGAUUCUAAUCUCUUGGGAGUUCUGCAAGAAAAUGCCCAACUGAAAGAGGAGCUAGAAAGAUUGUCUCUAGAGAUGAACCAGCAGAGGGUGAAGUCUCAGGCAACGCUGGCUUAUUCCGAAAAUAACAUUCGGAGGAUACAGGAAGACACAGCAGAAUACAUUGCAUCUCUGAAAGCUUCCCAUCAGAGGGAAUUGGAAAAGAUUCUUUGCCAGCAUGCAAAGGAGCAUUCUGCUUCUAAAGUAGCUGAACUCAACAGCAGAAUUUCAACACAAGAGGUAUUAAUAAAACAUCUCCAAGAACAAAUCGGUGAACAACAGAGACGUCAGGAAGCCCUCUUAGUGUCACAGAUGAGAGAGGAACUGCUACAAAAAGAGGUGACAAAAUUGUUGGAAGAACUGAGAGAAGCUAAGGAGAGCCAGAGUCCUGAAAUGAAACACUUCUUGUGCCUGGAAAGGAAAAUCAAGCAUAUAGAGACCAGACAUGCAGAAAGAGAGCAAGAAAUUCAGAAGGCAGCCCAACUCACACAACAUCUUACUGAAGCAAGGCAGAGCCAUGAGGUUGAGAGGUGGCGAAGGCUGGCACAGCAGAAGAACCAAGAGCUGGAGAAAUUCCGAGUGGAAUUGGAUUCAAUACUGGAUGUAUUACGUGAACUGCAGAAACAAGGGGUUGUUAUUCCUGCCCCUAAUUCCAGGGGAUUCAGCUUGGCAGACAGCUGUUGGAAGACAUAA